CUAAAGUCUCUCUCUUUUCUCUUCCCCGUUUGUGACGGCACCCUUCUUCCAUCCCUGGCGCGAGGAAACCCUCGCUCGAUGCGAUGCGGUGCCCAGAGCUAGAUCUCUCCGCCACGGCGCAUUGAGUGGGAUCGGGCCGCCGGGAAUUCGAUCCUUCGAGGUAACGAGCUAGAGAUUCCGAGCAGUCGAGGACGAGAUUGCGCGCAUUCUCAUCGUAAUAUGGAAGAUCCCACUCCUCUUCCUCCUCCCCCUCCUGCUGCUGAUGAGGCCAUGGCCAAGGAGUGCCCCGAUGAUGCUGCGGCGCCGCCGAAGACCAGUCUCUACAAUCGCUGGCUCCCUGCGAUCGUUGCCGAGAGGAUUGGAGAAGAGGAGGGACGAUUCCAUCAGCUGGCGCUAAAGCUCAAGGAAGAAUGGGAACCUGGUAAUUCGGCCUCGGCUGUCAGGACUACCAGGUUUAUCUAUCUCAUACAAUCGUUCUUGAAAGCACUGAGCACUGUGGCCGUGGAAGACGUGCAGCUUGUAGCGAAUAUCGGACUGGAGGUUUUGCUCGAGGGCACCAUCAAUCUCCAAGCUCAGACAAGGUGGGCGAUCUGCUUGACAAGGAUCUUUAGAAAGUACCGCAAGAAGCUGAGCUUAUCGCUGGACUGGCGGCCUUUCUACAAAAUAUUCGUAAACACGCAUUUCAAGAGGCAGGAGUUUUACAGCGGACUCGGGACUAACUCGGAGCAUGCAACCAACUUUGUCGUGCUUCUCAAGUGCUGCCGAUACUACUUCUCUGCGGGUUCUGCCACGGAAAUCUGGAACGAGUUUAGGCCUUGCUUCGAUCAUCCUUGUCGCACAUCGUGCUUGGAGGCUCUAGGCUUUCUGGGGCUUUUUAUUCCACUGAAAUCACAGCAUUCUUUGUCGGAGCCUUACGUUUUCACAGUUGACUGGGUGGCCGAGUGCCUCGACCUCUGGCAACGUAUUCCUAGCUGUCAGUUUUGGAGCUCACAAUGGGGAUCCUUGAUUGGCCGGUGUAUCACGUCGUUGGAUAUGAACUGGGAACCUUUUAUGCCAGUUAUAUUCUCUCAUCUACUGAACUCUUUCCGGGUACCUGUUGGACGGUCUAGUGCACAUCCCCCAAUUAACUGGUCCAUCCAUAGUUUUCCUCCCGGAAUAAACGUGUCGUUAUCAAAGACCGCGGCCAAAUCAAUCAUUUAUCUGCUGACUCCCGGAGGCUCAGCGGAGUCUUCUUUCAGGAAGCUGGUUGAUUAUCUUGAGCCAUAUUACCACCCGUCAAAUGGUGGCCACUGGUCUGACUCCCUCGAACAUUUCAUGACUUUCCUCGUACGUUGCUUCUCGAAGCGUAUGGAGAGAGAGUGUAACACGCAGAAGAAGACGAGACAAGUCUUGGGGGCAGUUGAACGAGCGUCUUUUGUGAAGGAAGUUUUAAGGCUGGUAGAGAGAGGCCAAUACAGUAAAAGUGACAGGCUUUCUCACGCUUGCGCUAAAGCAGUGUCAAACUUGGCUUAUAUUGAACCAGCAUUGGCGCUGAACGUUGCGGUUUCUUCUUUCGAAACUGCCAUGGUGUCGAUAACGGCAACUCAUCAGCUUGAAUUAGCGAUUAAAACUCUUGCCUUGUGUACCAGGCCCAUUCUACUCUUUUAUCAAAGAGAGACGGCCUCUAACAAGGAGAACCAGUUAACUGCUGGGCCUGCUGUGCGCUAUAGAGAUGCGCUUCUCGGUUCUAUGUUCAAAACUAUACCUGGAUUGGAUGCAAACGAUCCUCUUAAAACUCUUGCCACCAUGCAGCUGUAUUGCUCCGUGUUAUCGAGCGUGAGCAACCUUCAAGAUCCUGAUCACAACGGUAUUUUUCCUAUCGACUGGGAAAAGUGGACAUUUCAGUUCCUGGACCAGCUAUUUUCUCUGCUUCUGAGUCUGGAACCAGGGUCUCAAUCUUCUUUGUCCACAGAAACCAAUACCAAUGACGGCUUUCUCGUGGAGAGUGGGUCCUAUUUCUAUCCGCUAUUGGCUCUUUUGUUUGGCAAGCUGCCCGAACGUAUCUUCAAACUGGUUCUCGUGCGUAUAAAAAAGUUCUUAACUGGCAAUAUCUUACCUGGAGCUGCGGAUGAAAUGGCAACUUUGUGUUUUGCUGCUGUUGAACGUGAUUCUUCUACGGCCAUCAGCAUGUUAUUAGAGCCUAUCAUGAAGGAUUUGCUAUCCACGUUGGGUGAAACACCGUCUACAGGAUAUUGCAAAAACGGAGAAACGUCUGACUUUAGCUCUAAGGCGACUCUCUCAUCGGCUCUAGAGCAAAGAGCAACGUACCAGCUUAACGUCCUGGCAUCUACAAUUGCAGCCGGAGAUGCAACAAUUCUGAAUUACAAGACGAUCCUCAAGGACCUCAUUCAAGUAGCAUUCAAUGCUCCAUCCUGCAAGGUUAAUGAUGCUGGAAAACUGUUGCUGAAGUUUCUCAUUCGAAGGCUAGUGUGCUAUUUUCCUGUCAGCUCUUGGAAGUUGCCAGCAUCUGAUGAACUAGAUAUCUGGAUUGGUACAAAAGACAAGAACGAGUUUGACAGUGCUAGGCCAUCUUGGCACAUUCCUUCCGCCGAUGAAAUUAUGUUCGUGGAGGAGCUGGUUGACUUCCACAUGCAUGGGGCGCUCUCUAAUCUUCAGCGCUUUCCUGAAAAAGGUCUCCAGAAAAAUACAGAUAUCCUUUAUACAGGACAGGAGAAGGACUACCUCCGUGUGACACUUCUACGUGUGGACGCUGUACUCCAAGGUUUGGGAUCUUCACUUCCUGACUUUCAGAAGGUUGAGCACAGCUAUACCGUCGUUGGAUUGUCUGGGGUGCCAAUUGGAGACUCCAGUUUGAGAAGUGACAUUGCAAUGAUCCUUCACAAAGCAUGCGGCUACCUUCUAGCAAACAAGGGGGACGAAUCCGCGAUACUUAAGCCUCUAAUCUCUGUCAUGAACGCUAUAGUCAAUUCCGGAGGCGUUGAAAACGGCUACUGGCAUCAGGCCCGAAAUGAUUGGGAUGCCGAACGACUGAAUUUAACCGAGCCUGCUGCGAAUUUCUUAACAAGCAACGAUACGAAAUGUUUGAGAAGACCGUUGUGGUUAGUACACCAGCGUGCAUAUAUUCAACAUGUUUGGCGGAGCGCAGAGACAGAAUACUAUGAUUAUUACAUGAGUCCGACAAAUUCCUUGCCUCCAGCUCUUGAAUCACUUAGUAACGAUCUGGUAAGCAUUAGCUUACAUCGUUACAAGGCAAUAAGAUCGUAUGCAGCCGCUGUCCUUGGACUUCUGAUGCACCGAUUUUUUUUCUUGCCACAAACAAUACUACCACUGCUCGUUACGCACCUUAAUAAUCCCAACGCCACUGAAGAAUCGACACUAGGUGCCUGUGCAAUACUAAAAACGAGAACAGUUAUACGGUCUAUGAUGGAGGAUUGGUCAUGUCUGCCUGCGUUUUUAGCUUCAUUUCUCAAGAGCGCUCAUCAUGAUUCCACAAAAGCGCAGAACGCUAUUAACAAGCUUUUCAUUGCCUUCAAUUGGUAUUUUGGUGGGUCUCCUGUCCAAGUAACACCAAAUAUUGAGGACACAAUAAUGGAUAUCAAAAGCUUCGCUACCGGUGCUUCAUCAUCCGUCCAUUGGCGGUAUAAUCUCAUGGCUCAAGGAUUGCUGUUGUUUCUAACACUGGCCCCGUUCUUUGAAUCUGGAAAGAAAAAUUUGAAUUUAGUCAGAAAUGGAUACGAACAUUUCCUCGGAAAACUUACUAGUGAUUUGCCGACAGUGCGAAGGCUGUCAGUGAGAGCCGUGCUACUACUGUUAGGUGCUGAAUCCGACAAGAUGCAGGGGCAUGAACUAAAUGGAUCAAUCACCAUUGGGCAGCAAUUGCUAAGUGAGAGCUUUGGCGAACGUGUUGUCGAGCUGCUGGCACUUGACCACCAUUACACUGAAGACGAUGGCAUCCACGUUCCGCAAAGCAUGUCCGACGUCGGCCUGGUUUACUUGCUACCGACGUACAUGUGCGACUGGCCUUUAACGAGGAGUUGGGAGUCGAAGUCACUGGGAGUUGCAUUCUCGAAAGCUUCCGCUAAGCUGUUUGAAGAGCUCACUCGGAAAUAUGGCCAGAUUGUCUUGGACAUCUUACGACGGCCGCUGGAAGACGCUGUCUCGACCGUGGAUGAACGUGGGAAGCAGUGUGCUGCGGCUGAGAUAAUCGGGGGUGUGAUACGGUCGGAGGCUGCCUGCGUUGAGGCGGCAUGGGAUGACUGGCUAUCAGCUUUGUUGCGUAAGGCCCUCAAGAAAACCACACUGGAAUGCGCUCCUGAAUGGGUGGCAUGCAUUCGAUACGCGACGAGUGGGAGCCAAGGGUCGGCGCUGCGUUUUAAAGUGCUGGAGUGCCUUGGCAAGUUACUGGGAUCGCAUGCUUCUUCGAGUCUCGCCGCUAAGCGGUUUAAUUUUCUCACCGCGGCACUAUUGGAAGUCCAGAGCAAAGACAUGCUUAGCGACGAAGUCAGCUUCCAGGUCAUGCUUCUCGACGAGAUAUUGGAGUACACUGGUCACUCAACUGCUCAGGUCCGGAAGGCGAUCGGGACGCUUGCUUGUGUUUUAAGUGCUGGCCUACGAGAGUGUGGUCACGAAGUUCCACUCGAUGGCAGCACAUCUCUCGGGAGGUUCAUUCAGCGGACCGAACCAGAAGCAAGGAAGAUCCUGAAUGUGCACGAGAACGUUGAAGGUGAUGUUUCGAAACGUGACAAAAAGGCUGUCAAGGACAUGGAGACGGUAUUUUAUUUUCUGUUAGCUUGUAUGUACUCAGGACGGUUCAACAUUUUGUCAGACCUUGUAGUUGAACUUGUACAUCCACUUCUUUUGCUCCAGGAUACCUCGGAAAAAGACCUGACACACUUAGCACGGUCGGCUCUGCGUUACCUGAAGUGGCAGCUCUUUCCCACCUCGCACCUUGCCGAACUUGCGUCGCGAUUACUCAAAGCUGCGAGUGAGGAUAACUGGCGCGUUCGAGUUGCCUCCAUUUCGUUCCUUCAGCCAUUUAUGUACAGACAUUCAUUCUUAUUGAAUCAUAGCCUUUGGCAGUUGCUUUGGAACAAAGUGACCGAAUCUCUAUGUGACCCUCAGCUGGAGGUGAGAGAGAUGUCGUCGACGGCUGCAGCGGGCAUGAUGAGAGGCGCAGAGAGCAGCGUGGUGCAAAGCUUUCGCGAGCAGGCACUGGCGACAACACGCUCAAUCUUAAAAUCCGGGAAGCCAAACUCGCACAGGCUUCCGGAUGGGCUUGCAGUUCCCGUGGUGCACGGCGCAGUGCUUGCUCUCACAGCAUGCAUUCUCUCCGUUCCUUACGAUAUACCCAGCUGGCUGCCCGAGAUGGUGACGACAAUAACAUACUUCAGCCAUUACCCGUGGCCGAUACGAGCGACCGUAACCAAGGCGAUUGGCGAGUUCCGUCGUACGCACUCGGAUACUUGGGAGAUUCAGAAGGAACAGUUCACGGAAGAGCAGCUCGAGCUGCUAUUAAAUUCAGGCACAGCCACUUACUUCGCUUAAAAAAAGCCCCACUUGUACACAGCAGACACACACAUUAUAUUCAUUCAUACACAGAGGAUAGGGAUAUUAUCACCGUGAUUAUCGUCUCGAUACUUCUAAACGAAUCUACACAACAUAGAGCUUAUAUGUACGGUAUCCGGCGAGGGGCCAGCUGGUACGGAGCUGGCGUGGCGCUGACAUCACAGAUUUAAAUUUUUUUACCUCUUUUUUGACAACUCCAGGAAUGAUUCUUGUGCAAUUUGAAAGAGUUUGGGACCAGUUGUUGGGGAUGCAUUUCACCUGGUGCUCUGCCCCCACUUGGUGUAUAUAUAUUACAGUGAAAAGCAGCCAUUGGUUGGAAGGAUGCUGGUCAUGGGGAUCAUUUUGCUAGAGCUGUGUAGUGAGUAAACAAUGGCCCAACUUGGAGUAUAUA